GUCCAAGAAGAAAAUUGACUACAAGUCCAAGCUGGGCCUCUCUUUUAUCUUUCACAUCAAAAUAGAUAGUCUCGAUCAUCACGUCCAAGCCCCUCCCUCCGCCGUUCGCCGCCGCAAUCCCGAUCGUUUAAGCGUGAUGAUAGUUAGUUGAGAGCGCAAUGGAUCGAGCUAGGAGAGGAAAAGAGUUGAUAGCAAACAAGAACAGCAUGAUAUACUUGGACCUGAAGGAUAUAAUCAAGGAUCAUGCGCUCCCAUUCCUGCCUGCCAAAUCACUUUUCAGGUUCAGUGGGGUUUGUAAGGACUGGAAGAUGCAGAUUAGAUCUCCUUUCUUUGCCCACAAGCAGUCGACUAGCUUUUCAGAUGUCUCGGGCUUCUUUCUUGCUUCGCCAUCAAUCCCACCUUCAUUUGUUUCUAUUGAUUCCAUGGCCUAUGGUGUUCCAGACCCGUCUCUGAUGUUUUUGCCCGAGCCAGUUGACAUAAGGGCUUCUUGCAAUGGACUACUUUGCUGCCAGGGACGUGAAGGCUAUAAGGCUUACUACGUGUGCAAUGCUGUUACUAAGCAGUGGAAAAAACUUCCUAAGCCAAAUGCUUCCCACGGUUCUGACCCUGCUGUGGUUCUCAUCUUUAAACCAUCUUUGUUUAAUUUUGUGGCCGAGUACAAGCUGGUCUGUGCUUUCCCAUCAGUCGACUUUGAGGGCGGACAUGAAUUUGAGAUCUAUUCCUCCAAGGAGGGGUCUUGGCGAAUUUCUGGUGAGAUUAUCUAUGGCAGUGGAUCUAUUAUGCCAAGAUCUGGUGUUUAUGCGAAUGACAUAAUUUAUUGGCGCAUACCGAGUGGUAGGAUCCUUGCUUUUGACCUGAGGAUGGAGAGGGCACAACUCCUUUAUGGCCAUGGUUAUCAUGAUUCAGUUUUGGGUGUGAUUGAUGGAAAGCUUUGUUCGACCAGAUCUCAGGGUAAUGGAAUAACCGUAAGUGUGUUGUCUAAUGCUUACACAAACACAAUGCAGAUGUACAGCAAGGCCAGGGCAUGGGAAAGCAAACUUUCAAUUAAUCUUACUCCUGCACCAGGAGCUUCAAUGCCCGGUAGUUCUACUCAUAAUUUACUGUUUGCAAGUGGGAAUCUGGUGUUGUACCGGAUUGGCUCAAAACUCUAUUCGUACAACCUGCGGACUAAAGAAACUCUGUUCGUAAGUGAUGGGCCAUACAAUGGGACAUUUGUUCCUCAUGUAAACAGCCUCGUCGAGAUCUAGUUGCUUCUUGCGGAUCCUUCUGUCCAAUUUACACAAUUGCAAACCUGAAGAAAAGACACUAGUAGUUGUUGGUUAUGUUUAGAACUAAUUGCUUCAGUUUCUAGUUAUGCUUUUACUAGUCCUGUGUUCAUGGCUAUCUAAUGCCCAUGAGUUGGACUCGAUGGACUGCUUAUUUCGUAUGAGCAUUCGAGGACCUGGUGCUUGUUAUGUUCUGUUAUUAAACCUUCAGUGGCUGUGGAUCUUUAAUAUUCUACCUUGAAAUUCGAAAGUUGAA